AUGCCGACCGACCUGCUGUACUUCGCAUUUGGGUUGAGCAUUCCGUAUGUAAGAAUGAAUCGACUACUUCGUUUCCGGCGUGCAAACGAAUGCAUCGACACAAUCGAAACAGUGAGCAAAUGGCCGAACGUCUUACGCAUCGUCGAACUGUCUGCCAUUGCGUUCGUCCUGUUCCACUGGGACGGCUGCUUCUACUUUAUGCUCAGCCGCUGGUACGGCAUUGGAAUGAGCUCAUGGGCUUUCAACUACGGCCGUAUAGUUGAUCCAAUCGCCAAUUGCCCGGCGGAUAACACAACGUUCUGGACAUCGUACGAGAAUAUGUCCACCUGCAAGCCCGUCGUAUUUCCUAACCUGACGAAGCAGUAUUUGCUGAGCUUCUAUUGGGCAGCUCUUAUACUGGACUCGGUCGGAGAACAACCUCCGCCGGUCGAGAUCGGCCAGUACAUAUUCACAAUCACGAACACGAUCAUUGGCACGUUUGGACUAGCGUCGAUAGUCGGCAAUGUCAGCACAAUGAUCACCACCAUUAACAUCAGCCAGACGACAUUUAUGGAAUGCCUGGACUCGGUGAAACGGUACAUGGAGUUCCGCAAGGUACAGCCCAUUCUGAAGCGGCGCGUCAUCGACUGGUUUAACUACGUUCGCGAGGAGAAACUCUCACUGGACGAUAACAAGAUUCUGUCCGUGCUUCCAAAGAACCUGAGGAGUGAGCUGUCGAUCGCCAUCCAUCUGCAUACGAUGGCUCAGGUGAAACUGUUUCAGGAUUGUGAGCCAGGUCUGAUGGCCGAGAUAGUGGUGCGUUUAAAGUUGCAGAUAUUUAAUCCAGGAGACUACGUCUGCCGCAAAGGAGACGUUGGUAACGAAAUGUACAUCGUCGAAAAGGGCGUGAUUAACGUGGUUGCCGAAGACGGCGUUACCACUUUUGCCACACUUUCAGAAGGAAGCGUUUUUGGUGAAAUAAGCAUUUUGAAUAUCCCUGGUAACAAGAACAAAAACAGGAGAACGGCAAGCGUUCGUAGUGUUGGAUAUUCAAAAUUAUUUGCACUAACCAAAGAAGAUUUAUGGGAGGCGCUAACCGAAUAUCCGGAAGCAAGAAAGUGUCUGCUGGAAAAAGGCAAAGAAUUACUACGAAAAGAUCAUCUUCUGGACGACGAUGCCGAAACAUGUACUGCAGCGUUUUCCCCGUCCAUACAAGAGAAACUUCAGUAUAUUUCGAAAGAAGCAUCUGCCCUACAGUCAACGCUUGACAACUACCUUUCAGAGCUACGGGAGGAAAACCAGGAAGCUGCAAAAAGAAUAUUCGAAUUAGAGAAAGUUUUAGAAAGUGAAAUCGUCUUCUGA